AUGAAUCCAGAAGAACAGAUUGUAACGUGGCUUAUUUCACUAGGAGUCUUAAAUUCCCCUAAGAAAAUAGUGGAUGAUCCAGAGGGGUUCCUGAAAACCUCUCUGAAAGAUGGAACUGUGCUUUGCAAACUCAUUAAUCGGCUUCUUCCGGGAUCUGCAGAAAAGUUUUGCCUGGAGCCUAAAAAUGAAGCUGAUUGCAUCAGUAAUAUUCAAGAGUUCUUGAAAGGCUGCGCACUUCUGAAAGUGGAGGUGUUUGAUCCACAUGAUUUAUACACUGGAGAUCAGUUCUCCAAGGUCCUGAGCACAUUAACAGCUGUAAAUAAGGCUACUGAAGAUCAGCUGUCAAAAGGGCCAUGUUCACAUCUUUCCUCUCUUAACUCCACGGCUGGAGACCCCCAGAGUGACUCCACCAGCACAGCUUCCCAGUCAGCAAGGGUGUUACGGAGGCAGUCCAAGCCUGUGGAGAUGACUGAGAAUGGCAGUCACCAGCUGGUGGUAAAGGCCAGGUUCAAUUUUAAGCAGACCAAUGAAGAUGAACUCUCUGUUAACAAAGGAGACAUUAUUUAUGUCACUCGAGUUGAAGAAGGGGGCUGGUGGGAAGGCACCUUGAAUGGAAAAACAGGCUGGUUCCCAAGCAACUACGUCAGAGAAAUCAAAUCUACUGAUAAACCACUCUCUCCCAAAGCAUUGAAAGGGCUAGAAAACACUCAGAUGACAAAGAAUUAUUACCCUGUGGUGUUGCAAAAUAUUCUGGAAACAGAACGAGAUUAUGCAAAGGAACUACAGUCACUUCUGGGAACUUACUUAAGACCCCUCCAGUCUUGUGAUAAGCUCAGCACUGGGGACACGGCAGCAUUGCUGGGAAACAUGGAAGAAAUCUCUGCUUUUCAGCAAACACUGAACCAAGCCUUGGAAGAAGUUGCAAAGCUCCCUGAGAACCAGCAGCAUGUGGGAGGCUGUUUCAUGAACCUGAUGCCCCAGUUCCGCUCCCUGUACCUGACGUACUGUGCUAACCACCCUUCAGCAGUGAAUGUCCUCACACAGCACAGUGAUGAGCUGGAGAAGUUCAUGGAGAGCCAAGGUGCGGCCAGCCCAGGCAUUCUCAUCCUGACCACAAGCCUCAGCAAACCCUUCCUGAGGCUGGAUAAAUACGUGACACUGCUGCAGGAGCUGGAGCGGCACAUGGAGGAGGCGCAUGCAGAUCAUGAAGAUGUUUUGAAAGCCAUCACGUCCUUCAAGUCCCUUGUGUCACAAUGCCAGGAGUUGAGGAAGAGGAAACAACUUGAGCUGCAGAUCCUUUCUGAAUCCAUCCAGCGCUGGGAAGGAGAGGACAUAAAAAUGAUGGGAAAUGUCGUCUACAUGUCCCAGGUUAUGGUGCAGUCUGGGGGAAGUGAGGAGAAAGAGGAGCGGUAUUUCUUGUUAUUUUCUAAUGUUUUGCUGAUGCUGUCUGCAAGCCCACGGAUGAGUGGGUUCAUCUAUCAGGGAAAGCUGCCUUUGACAGGAAUGAUGCUGACAAAGCUGGAAGAUGCCGAAGGGAAUGAGCACAUGUUUGAAAUCACAGGGAACAUGAUGGAGCGGAUCACUGUGUCCUGCAGCACCAGCCAGGACUUGCACGAAUGGCUUGACCACUUGCAAAGGCUGACCAAAGGGACAUGCAGGACCAUCUCCAAAACACAGUCCUGGAGUCCUCAUUCAACAUUUAGUUCAGCUGGGCAGAUCCGUGGGCCUCUGGAACCCCCCAAAAUCCUCAAGCCCUGGAGCUUGAGCUGCCUCCGUCCUGCUCCUCCACUCAGACCUUCAGCAGCACUGAGUUACAAAGAGAGGAUGUCUUAUAUCUUAAAGGAUUCUAGCAAAAGUCCAAAAACAAUGAAGAAGUUUCUUCCAAAAAGGAAAACUGAGAGAAAACCAUCUGAUGAAGAGUUUGUUAUUCGGAAAAGUACUGCUGCGCUGGAGGAGGAUGCUCAGAUCCUGAAGGUGAUUGAGGCAUACUGUACUGGGGCAGGCUUCCAGCAAGCUCUCAGCUCAGGCUCCCGUAAAGACUCCAUCCCCCAAGUCCUUCUUCCUGAGGAAGAGAAAAUCAUCAUAGAGGAGACACGAAGCAAUGGCCAGACGGUCACAGAGGAAAAAAGCCUUGUUGAUACAGUUUAUGCACUGAAAGAUGAAGUCAAAGAGCUGAAGCAGGAAAACAAAAGGAUGAAACAGUGUUUGGAGGAAGAGCUUAAAUCCCGGAAGGACUUGGAGAAGCUGGUGAGAAGGCUGCUGAAACAGACAGAUGAGUGUGGCAGGGAGGACACCGGGCGCAAGUCAUCCCUGAUCGCUUGAAUUCAUGGAGAAGCUGCUGGCAGUGAUAAUCACAACUGGGGAAGCUUUUCCCAUCCGUCUUCUUUUCCCCCAUUAGUUGACUGUAGCGAACUAGAGCCCAGCAAUACUGUGGUUCCUGUGUGGCCUUGAUACUGAUUAAAAUGUGCAAUUAACAUGAAGAUGUUUGAACUCCUUGGGGGAAGUCAGAUCUGGAGCACCUGUCAGAGCGCAUAGGAAGGUAUUUUGCACAGUGCUGCCUCCUUACAGCUCAUGAUUAGCACAACAGGUAACUCCUGUUCUGCCCCCAUCCCUUUUCUUAUGCAUGAUGUAGAAUUCCUGCCCCCUGCUUUAUUUUCACAUUGAGUGUCCAGGUAGCCUAGGAGGUGAUAAUUUUGCUGUGCUUCCUCUUGCAGGAAAUGCUUUUCUCCAUAUGAAAUGGAAACACUGCUUGACAAAAAAAGCAGCCCUAAAUGUGCUGGUCCCCUGCUCCCUUCUGCCCACUUCAUGCUUUUCAUCGCUCCUUCCCAAAGGUUGGGAAUGUUGCCAGUGGCCACUUCUCCUCACAUCGCCCCACAGGGACUUUCUGCUAGGGAAAAAGAACUUUCUCUUGAGAUAGGGAAGAUAUUUAUGCUUUGACAAAAGCUGGAACGCUCCUGAGGCAAGGAUGUGCAACACCUGGUCCCUGCACAGCUCCUUGAACACAGCAUACCUUCCUUCCUUCCUUCCUUCCUUCCUUCCUUCCUUCCUUCCUUCCUUCCUUCCUUCCUUCCUUCCUUCCUUCCUUCCUUCCUUCCUUCCUUCCUUCCUUCCUUCCUUCCUUCCUUCCUUCCUUCCUUCCUUCCUUCCUUCCUUCCU